AUGACAAUUACACCUGGAAAACUAUACCCACCUCAACCUUCGACGGUUCGGGCCCAAUCGCUUCAUUUGUCGUACGAUCCGAUUAAUGAUAGAAUUGCUUAUCCUAACGGGAAAUCGAUCAUUGUAAGACCAUUAGACCCCAAGAAUACAACGAUAGACGCCAGACAGUUCACCAAGCAUGUCCAUACCACGACUGCUGCUACUUUUGCUCCAUCUGGGAAUUACAUUGCGUCUGGUGACGAAUCAGGACAGGUGAAGAUCUGGGAUACUGCGGUAUUGGGAGGAAGCUCAGAUGGGAAGGAAUCGAGUUUUGAACAACCAUACAUUAAAAGUGAGUUUCAGAUACUUUCUGGUCCAAUUAAGGACAUUGCUUGGGAUGCAGACAAUUCGAGAGUAAUUGCAGUUGGUCAGGGUAAAGAUAAAUUCGGGCAUUGUUUCACCUGGGACUCGGGGAAUUCGAUUGGGGAGAUCCAAGGACAUUCUUCCACUAUAAAUGCAGUAGCCAUAAAACCACAAAGACCAUACAGAGCUGCGACUGUGAGUGACGAUAAAGCGUUGGUGUUCUUCAACGGGCCACCAUUUAAAUUCGACAAGAGUAUUAGAGGUAACCACACAAACACCAUUAGAGAUGUCAGUUUUUCGCCUGAUGGAAAAUGGUUGGUGAGUGUAGGUUCGGAUAGACUUAUAGUUAUUUAUGAUGGUAAGACCGGUGAAUUUGUCACGAAAAUUGAAAAUGCUCAUGAUGGAGGUAUCUUUGGUGUAAGCUGGUUCAAGGAUUCAUCGAAAUUCGUCACCUGCUCUGCCGAUAACACUAUUAAAUCAUGGGAUGUUGAAUCGGCAAAAUUAGGUGAAACCUAUGUUAUUGAUUCCUCUGUGACAGUUGAUAACCAACAAGUCGGUGUUAUCGUUGCCAACGAUUACAUUGUUUCCCUCUCAUUCAAUGGUAAUUUAAACUAUUUCAAAGAGAAUGAAAAGGAUUUGGUAUUUGUUCUUUCUGGUCAUCAGCAACCAUUGACUACUGUAAAAUAUAAAUCUGAAAAUGAAUUAUUAUUUACCGGAGGCUCCGAUGGUAGUAUUUACCAAAGAGAAGUUGGCGAGAAAGACAAAUCCACAUUGAAUCCAAUCCCAAGUGCUAUCGGUGAUUCUAAAACGAAGCAUGGAAAUUAUGUGGUCGACAUAGUCUCCUCUGGUAAGGAGGAAUUGAUUACUUCUGGUUGGGAUGAUACUCUUAAGAUCUGGAAUGAUAAGGAUUUGGCCACUACUAUACCAUUAGAAUCCGGCCAACCAAAACAAGUUCUUCAAGUAACUGAAAGUUCAGUAAUCGUAUUAUUUGAAUCAAAACUUGAACUAUACUCAAAAACCGCCGGCAGCUUAAAUAAGGUCACGGCUGUCGAUUUGGAAUUCUCGGCAUCCAGCAUUGCAUUUGUUUCGUCAAAUAAAUUACUUGUGACAAACUUAACAUCAAACACUGUCGAAGAAUACAGUAUUGACUCCAGCUCAAUUACCAAGCUGUCAACUAGCUUCCCGCAAGGACGUGCUCCUCCUACUUUAGUUCGUGUAUCCCCAGAUGGUAAAUAUGCGGCUGUUGCUGAUAGCUCUGGUAAGUAUACAGUCUAUAAUACCAGCGAUCGUUCAGUAGUCACUACUCGUUGGGCAUUCCAUAGUAGCAAGGUUCUUGACGCUAAGUGGACUAACGACUCUAAGUUUAUUAUUAGUGUUGGAUUGGACAGUGGGAUUUUCAUCUAUUCUGUCGAAAAGCCUUCGAAAGUCUUGAAGUUUCCAUUGGCUCAUCAAAAUGGUGUAUCUGGCGUAGAAUGGACUGCUUAUGAAUUUAACGACAAAAAAUCGGCCACCUUUAUUACUACUGGCCUGGAUGGUGUUAUAAAGACCUGGAAUGUGGAUCUAAGUGUUUACUAG